ACAGGUGUGGUUGUACCUUCCCGGGGGCCUGACCGGCUGGGUCACCACGGUAUUGGCACAUAGCAGGUGCUCAAUAAACGUUGACUGAAGGAGUGGCAUGGGGUGGCCAGGCUCCGAGCUGCUGCAGGCUGGAGGGCAGGCGCACCUGGACCCGCGAUUCCUCUCCCUGUGCUCGGGCCGAGAGACCCCCAGAGUGAGCUUCCAGGAGGAGGGGGGCGCCCAAGAGGAGUCUGGCUGAGCCCAUGGGAGCAGAUGGGCAGUCCACUCAUCACCCCCUUGGUGCUCCAUGUCCUCGCCACGCAGCCCAGGGAGCCCUAUGGGCAACAGAGAGGAGAGGGGCGGGGCAGGAGGCCUGCUGCGUCCCCGAGUGAGGCGGGGACAACGCACAGGAAAUGGGGUGCUGGUAGCCCUGGGGUGAUCCUGCACUCGCCAGUCCGCGCAGAGCUGACGUCCUUCUGGAAGUGUCCGGUGGAGACCCCUGCCGGCCCCAUCGCCCUAGUGGAGAAACUGAGACCACGCCGCUGCUCUGUCCCACACCCUCUGCUCAUGAGGUCAUGAGGUGCCGUCUGGACCAGGGCCAGGUCGCCCCUCGCUGCCCCUCCCCAGUCGGGGGGCUCCCUGCUGCUGAGGGCCUGGGAGCUGACCCAGCCCCCGCUGGCCACACCCUCUGCAAGGCCCCGCCCCCUUUGGGAUCUCCUGCUUCUGCUGUGGACCCUCCUGAAUUGUGGUUUGCGGGGCGGCGCUCAGUAGGGUCCGGGCGAGUGGACGCCAUGGGGUUCUUGGAGCCACUGUUCCAGCUCCUGUGGGCGGGGACUCUCCGUGCGAAGCCGGCGCUGCAUCCGAACUGUCCCCCAGGGGCCGUGCCCUUCCGAGACCUCCAGUGUGCCCUGUACAAUGGCCACCCUGUCCUGAGCCCCCAGAAGACCUACCAAUGGGUGCCCUUCUAUGGCGCGCCCAACCAGUGCGACCUCAACUGCCUGGCCGUGGGGCACGCCUUCUACCACAGCUUUGGCCGCGUCCUGGACGGCACGCCCUGCAGCCAGGGUGGCCAGGGUCUCUGCGUGGCCGGCCGCUGCCUCAGCGCCGGCUGCGACGGUUUGAUGGGUUCGGACGCCCGCGAGGACCGCUGCGGCCGCUGCGGCGGCGCCAACGACUCGUGCCUCUUGGUGCAGCGCGUGUUCCGUGACGCAGAUGCGCCCCUACCCUCGCCCCAACGCCUCCCUCCCUCCCGCUCAGGAACCUUCGCGGGGUACUGGAACGUGACCCUGAUCCCAAAGGGCGCCCGACACAUCCGUGCCGCUCACCGGAGCCGUAACCACCUGGCGCUGAUGGCGGGAGACGGGCACUACGUGCUCAACGGGAACUGGGCAGUCAGCCCGCCCGGGACUUACGAGGCAGCGGGCACCCGCGUGGUCUACACCCGCGCCGCAGGGGCCGAGGAGACGCUGCGUGCGGCUGGGCCCACCUCCCAGGACCUACUCCUGCAGGUCCUCCUGCAGGAGCCCAACCCCGGCAUUGAGUUUGAGUUCUGGCUCCCUCGAGAACAUUACGGCCCCUUCCAGGAGCAGACACAGGCCCUGGGCUGGUCCCUGCGGCAGCCGCAGCCUCGGGAGGUGGAGCCUCAGCCCCCUGAGACCACUGCAGCCCCCGCUCCGGACCCCCCACGGAUCCCGACUCCCACCCCAGACCCCUGCCCACCCUGCCUGGACACCCGCGGUCGCGCUCACCGCCUGCUUCACUACUGCGGCAGCGACUUUGGCCCUCGAGUACAUGUGGGCACCGGGCCGCUGCCCCUGCCCUCCACUGGCCCUCCAUCGAGAGUACCUGUUGGCCGCCCGGCGCCUCGUCAGCCCCGAUGGCACUCAGGACCGGCUGCUGCUGCCCCACGCUGGCUACGCCCGGCCCUGGAGCCCCGCGGAGGAAAGCCGUGUUCGCCUGGCCGCUCGUCAUUGCCCUGUCUGAGCCCCGAGGCGAGGCCCGUCCCCGCCACCACUCACAGGAGGAAAGACGUGCAUGACCAGGCUCGAACUCAACCUAUUUCCCCUCUUGCCCUGGCUUCCAGGAAGCUCGACGACAUCUCCCACCCACGGUUAUGUGACUCUCCCUCACACACACUUAAGACACUUCUGCACGCGGUCAGGUCCCCUGUCACGAGCGGGCAGGAACUGCUGAGGACACACUGAAUUGCCUCUUUAACUUAUUCCCUCUCUCACUCGUCGCUGCUGGAGAUCGCGACACUCUGUGCUGUCUUCUCGCUGGCCCUUACCCACACGCCCUCAUGUCACAAACGGGCACGCCCCCUAGAAGACACGCCUUACCGUGCACUGUUGCGGGCGGCUCCCUUCUGCUCUGGCUGCUGGGAUGUUCCGAGGCAGCCUUGACAGCUUCAACGCUUCCGGGCGGGUUCAUUCUCGGCCACUGAGACGUGGGAUGCACUGGCCAUCGGGUGCACACGUGUGACCUCACACACCCCUUCCCUCCUCCUCUUGGUCCAGUCCCCACCUCCCCUCAGCAUGUCUGACCCUGGGUGGGGGGUGGGGACAGGGAACAUACGAGGAUGGGAAACGGUGGGGGGGGGGUAAACAUGCCCACUCCAGGGCCUCAAAUCCAUCUUGGACCCCCCAGGGGAGGAGGCUGUCAGUCCCCGGCCUUGCCUGCCCCUGUCCUGUGAUCUGGGCAGAUUCUCCUAUUCUACAGCAGGACGCUGUGGGGUGGCCCAGCAGCCUCCCCGAGGGGCGCCCCUGAGAGGUCACCUUCCACCUCCCCAUCCUGGGUAGGGUGGCUCACGCCGCCAUUUGGGAUUGUAUCAUCGUGGUUUUUUCUCUGGGGCAAGGAUGCUGGCAGUGGGUGAGGGGCGCACCGUGUGGGGGUCUCAGGCCUGGAUGGGCUCAGCCCCUGACCUUGCGGACGACAGUUCCUGCCCCCCUCUCGGCCUCAGUUUCCCCAUCUGCAAGUACCCUUUCGGCCCUGGCGGACUCCGACCGUGGGAAUCGCACUUCCUGGUUCCUUCCCUUUCCCCCGCCAUCAUUCAUGCAUUCCUCCCCCAGGUAUUUAUUGAGCGCCUACUGUAUGCCAGGGGCCAGCAGUCCCUGGGCUGUCCCGACCCUGUCAUCUCCUGCCGAUGCUGGAGAAUUCCCCCUACUCCCCGGGCAAAGUGUGGCACAAUUCUGGAAGGAAGUGUGGGUCCCGGGCGCCCCCUGGUGGCAGGAUGGGGGGGAGAAGGGAGUUAGGGCACCCAGUGCCGCCUACAGCCCCCAAGGGCCCUGCGCUUGGGCCUUUGAAGACACACCUUUCCUGCCCAGGCUUGCCCUCCUCGAGAAGGCACCCUUACGCCAGCACCCACCUAAGGCUCCGAGCCUCUCGCCGCUUGCCCUCUGCCUUUCUAUGUUGGGGAGUGGGGGGUCUAGGGCCCUGCCACCUACUCCCAAGCUGAGAUGAGGCACGUGCCCUGGGGAGGGGCCAGCACAGGGUCUCCUCCGGCAGGUAGGAUGGCCACCUGAGCAGUGCCUUCCCUAGCCCGAUCUCUGUGGCGACACCAUUUCCAGUGACGAUCUUAUGACAAGCGCAGUAAACACCCCGUGGCUUUGCCCUUUAGCUUUGAAGCGAUCGAACCAUCUGAAGAGAAAGUAGAAGACCGCAAAUUCUGAAGAUGCUCAAAUCCAGGACUGUGGUUCAGGACUAACGUAUGCCCUCGCCAAGCAAAAAUAUUACACCGUUUCGCUGUUUUCCAUGGACACAGGAAUAAAAGCUCCUCGACAGGGUCACGUAGCGUGGCGGAAACAGA